AUGGGUGAACCUGUCAAGAUCGAGGAAGCUCCCUUCCCACUUACAGACGUCGACAAGUGGGUUUUGUCACAGACGGACGAAGAAUUCAAGUACCAUGAUUGGGACGAGCUUCGGGAGAUCAUAGACACAAACAAACUCGAGGUACUCAAGCGGAAACCGUCGGACUUACGACGCUACAUGAAAUGGACAGCCGAGAUCAAGGCUGAGUAUGGCAGCAUGACCAAAUAUAUCAUGAUUCAUCGGCUCCCUAAAACUUGGGGCGAUGUCCCCUUCAUACCGGCGUCAUCAAUUCCUUUUGCAGACCCUUCCGACUAUAGGGUUCUGUUGAAUGACUGGCCAUACGGGCUGGUCUCUGGUAUUACGCACAUUGUGGUAUGGUCGCGUACUGUGAUACCUACAGAUCCGGAAACGGGCGACAUGACACCGGACAGCAGGAGAACAGUGGCGGACUUUGUCAAGCGCUUUUUUGUGGACGAGCUUGGCCCUGGCGGUGAGGAUCGGGUGAUGUGGUUCAAGAAUUGGGUUGCACUUCAGAGUGUUAGAACACUCGAACAUAUCCAUAUCAUGGUCAAAGACUGUGACGAGGCUGUAUUGCAAAAGUGGACGCGAGAGCUCGACUGCCACCGGUAA